AUGCCUCGUCGAAACAGUCAUGCCCCCUCGAUUCCAUUGGUAGCCACCAUCGACAUUGGUACAACAUCAGCUAGAGCAAUUUUAUUUUCACAAGAGGGGCAAGAAGUAGCAAAGCAUCAUAUAGAAUACUCCACUACAGCGUCAGAAGCGCCCGAAAACUCACAAAAUACCGAUCAAUUUAGGAGGAGGUCCUCCCUUUUACGACACAAUGAACCGAUUUUUUCAGCAGAGGGUGUCGCCAUCUCCAUCACUGAUGAUGUUGCCAUUGAAAAUAACCAAUCCUCAGUGGGUCCCACUUUGAGGUUCCCCCAGCCAGGCUGGGUCGAGUGUAUGCCCGUACACAUUUUGGCCAACGCAGUGCAAUGUUUAGUUGCCUGUCUCAUUACUUUGAGGAAAAUUAACCAAAAUCCAAAUUUGAAAGUCAAGUAUAAGGUCAAAUGUAUUGGUAUUGCGAAUAUGAGGGAAACUACACUCGUUUGGUCAAGAAAGACGGGAAAACCGUUGAGUGGAGGUAUCACAUGGACCGACACAAGAACAGCGGAAAUUGUUCAGCAUUUGGAAAAAAUGGUCGACGAGGAUAGAAAAGAAGAAUUGAAAGUGAAAACUGGAUUGCCCUUGUCGACGUAUUUCUCAGCGGCAAAGUUGAGAUGGCUUUUGGAUAACGAUGACACGAUAAGAGAGGAAUAUGAAAAGGGUGACGGUAACCUCAUGUUUGGAACUGUUGAUACUUGGUUGAUUUAUCAUUUGACAAAGGAGAGAAACUUUGUUACUGAUAUAACCAAUGCCUCAAGGACGUAUUUCAUGAACUUAGAUACACAAGAUUACGACGAUGAUUUGUUAAACUUUUGGGGUGUUGAUCCAACAAAAAUUAGAUUACCAAAAAUUGUGUCGUCUUCUGAAUUUUAUGGAUCUUUUGCAGCACCAAACUUGUCGAAUUUAGGGUUCCAUAACAAGAUCACUCAGGAAGCUUAUGAUAUUUUGAAAACAAUUACUGGGGUUCCCAUUUGUGGUUGUUUAGGUGAUCAAAGUGCUUCUCUAGUGGGACAACUUGCAUUUAAUCCUGGAGCUGCUAAAUGUACAUAUGGUACGGGUUGCUUUCUUUUAUACAACACGGGGGUCCGUAAAUUAAUUAGUAGCCAUGGAGCUUUAACCACUUUUGGUUAUUGGUUCCCCACACUAAAGGGCGAUGCCGCUAAGCCUUGUUACGCAUUAGAAGGUUCAAUUGCAGUUGCUGGAUCUAUCAUACAGUGGCUUAGAGAUAACUUGAAGAUGAUUGAAAAUGCCAAGGAUAUUGGACCCUUGGCCUCUCAAGUUGAAAAUUCUGGUGGAGUUGUCUUUAUUCCAGCAUUUAGUGGAUUAUAUGCUCCGUACUGGGAUAGAGGUGCUAGAGGAACCAUUUUUGGCAUGACACAGUAUACUUCUGCUUCUCACAUAGCACGAGCUGCUUUGGAAGGUGUUUGCUUUCAAGUAAGGGCUAUUCUAAAGGCUAUGGCUUCUGAUGCUGGUGCGUCUGGUGAUUUCUUAGAAGAAGCUUUAACUCUGCAAGCCGAGAGUCGUCCAUUGUCGCAUUUGGCAACUGAUGGAGGUAUGUCUAAAGCCGAUGAAGUUUUGCAAAUUCAAGCUGAUAUUUUAGGGCCAUGCGUUACAGUGAAGAGAGCCCAAAUUGCCGAGUGUACAGCAUUGGGUGCUGCUAUUGCUGCGGGUUUAUCUUUCAAAGAUGAAGAAGAUCGUGUAUGGAAAGAUCUAGACGAUGUUGUUGAAAAGAUAACAAGUAAGGAGCAAGUGUUGACAAAUACGUUCCAUGCGGAAUUACCUGAUGCUGAUAGGAGAAGAAACUGGAAGAGGUGGGAAAGAGCAAUUGAAAGAGCUCAAGGAUGGUUAUUGGAAGAAGAUUAA